GGCUUCAAGAUGGCGCAGGCGAUAUUCGAAGCGCUGGAAGGAAUGGAUAAUCAGACCGUGCUGGCUGUACAGUCCUUACUAGAUGGCCAAGGAGCAGUGGCAGAUCCGUCAGCACAGAGUGUUAACACAUCCAGCACCAUCCAGUCCAUGGAUGACGAGGAUGUGUUCCUUUGCGGGAAAUGUAAGAAGCAGUUCAACUCGCUGCCGGCAUUCAUGACCCAUAAGCGGGAGCAGUGUCAAGGCAAUACCCCCUCCCUGGCUACAGUCUCGCUGGCCACCAACAGUGUAUAUACUCCAUCCAUUACAUCAGUGCAGCAGGCUCAGACCGCCAACAGACAGCAGAUCUCUACAUAUAUUACUGUGCCACCCUCUCCUCUGAUCCCGACACUAGUUCAGGGUAACAUCUUAGUGAGUGAUGAGGUAUUGAUGUCUGCUAUGUCAGCUUUUACAACUCUGGACCAAACCAUGUCUGCAGUACAGCCUUCUGUGCAGAGCAGCCUGAGUAUGCACACGGGAACUGGAUAUCUCCCUCAGCCACCACCUCCGCCGCCGCCACCACCACCUCAGCCUCCCCCUCCUCCCCCUCAAACUCUUGGUGCGCCAGGCCAGACGAACGCAGGUAGCAGUGGAGUGGUGGAAGUGUACAGCACACCUGCUCCCAUGGCUGGGAAUAGUACAGUAGAGAUGCAGAAUCUGGGGAUGCAGCCCUACCCUCCUAUGGAGGUGCCCAGCCAAUGUGUCGAAAGCCCUGUGUACCCCUCACCUCCAGUAUACAGUCCAGGCAAACAAGGUUUUAACUCUAAAAGCUCCAAUGCUGCCGCUCCUUUGAACAAUUCAUGUGGUGGAAAUGUGACCAAUUUUGAUUCAACUUCUGCUUGCAAAAAUCGCCGUUCCAAAACAGACGGCAGCCUGCUAGAAGGAAAGCCUAAGUCUCCCAAACUGAAAUGUACUUAUUGUGAUAAGGCCUUCACAAAGAACUUUGACCUGCAGCAACAUAUCCGGAGUCACACAGGGGAGAAACCAUUCCAGUGCAUCGUAUGUGGCCGUGCCUUUGCGCAAAAGUCCAAUGUGAAGAAGCACAUGCAGACGCAUAAGGUGUGGCCACCGGGAAUUGGGUGUACCAUCUCACGGAGCUCUGUCACUGUGCAAGUCAUGGCACUCAACCCCAACCAGCAGGAGGAUGAGGAAAAUGCAGGCUUAAAUCCAGCAGCUAGAAACAGUCCACCCCAGCCUCAGGCCAUGCCUCCUGCAGAAGAGAAUGAAGCCAGCAAGCCGGAAGCCAAACAAGUAGUCUUGAUUGACAGCUCAUAUCAGUGCCAGUUCUGCCCCAACAAAUUCAGUACCUACUUCCAGCUGAAAUCACACAUGACUCAGCAUAAACAUGAGCAGGUUUACAAAUGUGUCGUGAAAAGUUGUGCGCAGACAUUCCAGAAGCUGGACUCUUUCCUUGAGCAUAUCAAGAAUCACCAGGAAGAGCUGAGCUACCGCUGCCACCUCUGCAGCAAGGACUUCCCUUCCCUAUAUGAACUAGGCGUCCACCAGUAUUCCCACAACCUGCUGCCUCAGCACAGUCCCAAGAAGGACAUGGCUGUCUACAAAUGUGUCAAGUGUGUAAAUAAAUAUUCCACCCCAGAAGCCCUGGAGCAUCACUUACAGACAGCAACACAUAACUUCCCCUGCCCUCAUUGUCAGAAGGUGUUCCCCUGUGAAAGGUAUUUGCGACGGCACCUCCCUACACAUGGGGGUGGGGGCAAGUUUAAGUGUCAGAUCUGCAAGAAGUUCUUCCGCCGAGAACACUACCUCAAGCUACAUGCUCACAUUCAUUCAGGUGAAAAGCCUUUUAAAUGCUCAGUAUGUGACUCAGCCUUCAACAGAAAAGAUAAACUCAAACGACACAUGCUGAUCCAUGAGCCUUUCAAGAAAUACAAAUGUCCCUUCUCAAAUCAUACCGGCUGCAAUAAAGAGUUCAACAGGCCAGAUAAAUUGAAAGCUCACAUUCUCUCCCAUUCAGGCAUGAAGAUUCACAAGUGCCAAUACUGUAACAAGGCCUUCAGCCGGCGAGCCCAUAUGGUGGAACAUCAGCGCUCCCACACUGGCAACUACAAGUACCGCUGCCCUACCUGCAGCAAAGGCUUUACACGCCAGAAGUACAUGAAGGACCAUAAAUGUCGGCUGACUUUGCCCAAGGACAAAGACCUCCCAAUCAGAAAAUCCCAGAAGAAGUGGGGGACUCGUGGGCGGAAAGUGGGACUUCCUCUUUCUGCUCAGUUGGCCUUGACAGAACUGAAAGAUGGUCCAGGCGGAGAGACCCUUCAGAAAGGGCCCCCCAAUAAAGAACAGUUUCCAGAGUCUGACACAGUCCUGUCCAUUGUGGUUGGCAGAACAGCAGCAGCAGCAGAGCCAGAUCUUGGCACCCCCAACCAGCGCAAUGGCAUGCCGUCCAACCUUGCCCUGGCUGAGUUGCAGUCUGGCACGGAGAGCCCAUGCACAAUGCUGGCCGUCCCUGUCUACAUUCAGGCUACUGAAUGACUGAGGAAUUCUGUGUCUCGUGUCUGUUUAAUGGGACGGGGAGA